AUGAGCGGACGGCUCCUUGCCACAGGGCUGUCGCCUUUGACGCGACGCGCCGCCAUACAGACGGUUCGACAAUAUCAUCGUCUCCCAGCGGGUGGGUUGCUUCGCGCCGAUGCCGCGGUCCGAGCGACACGCCGGCGCAUGUGGUUCUCAGGCAACGCUUUUCACAAUGCCGUCAUUGUUCGCAAUGCCUCCUUCGCCCGCUUCCUCCCCAAGCUCGUUGUCAAGUUUGCCCGCAUCCCUGCCAUGUUUGGUGGCCUCGCCAUCGGCACAUUUGCAUGGGUCCAAUAUCAGGCUACGCAACUAAGCAACAAUGCGUGGGACUUGGCAACCAGGACUGCCGAUGGUGUAUCUGAGACAGCAACCAGUUUAUUUGGAAGCGCAAAAGACAUCGUCGACCAAACCAAGCGCGGCUGGGAGAACACGGUAGAUCAAUUUGAGACUCCGCAGUGGCUACAAAAAGUACUCCGAAUCCACGAAGAUAUAGGCACGGGACAAGAUGGCGGCAGUUCUGACCGAAGAAGAAGACCCGCGAGACCCUGGCGAGCCGCCAAGGAUGACCAGAUGAUGCUCCUGACGAAGAAGAUGAUUGAGAUCCGAAACAUGCUACAAAAGGUCGGGCAGUCAAGCACGCUGACCCUGCCCUCCAUUGUCGUCAUCGGAUCACAGUCCUCUGGCAAGAGCUCAGUCCUCGAAGCCCUCGUUGGACACGAAUUCCUACCAAAAGGCUCUAAUAUGGUCACUCGGCGGCCAAUAGAACUCACCCUUGUCAACACUCCGGAUUCCGCUGCCGAGUAUGGCGAGUUUCCCGAUCUUGGUCUUCGACGCAUCACGGACUUUUCGUCCAUUCAAAGGACAUUGACAGAGCUCAAUCUAGCUGUCCCCGACUCACAGUGCGUUUCCGACGACCCUAUCCACCUCACGGUCUACUCCCCCCAUGUGCCAGAUCUCUCCUUAAUAGACUUGCCUGGCUACAUCCAGGUGGUUGGCCAUGAUCAACCUUUGGAGCUGAAGCAGAGGAUAUCAGAACUAUGCGACAAGUACAUUCAAGCCCCGAAUGUCAUCCUCGCCAUCUCUGCUGCUGAUGUCGAUCUGGCCAACUCCACCGCGCUUCGCGCCAGUCGCCGGGUAGACCCAAGGGGUGAGCGCACCAUUGGUGUCAUCACCAAGAUGGAUCUUGUCGAAGCCUCCCGCGGCGCCGCGAUACUAACAGACAAGCAAUACCCCCUUCGCCUAGGCUAUGUCGGCGUCGUGUCGAAAGCUCCUCAAGCCACCGGCCUGUUUCGUGCGGGUCCAAGUAACCUUCAAUCAGCUAUCUCCAAAAACGAGAAUGCCUUCUUCUCUUCUCAUCCUCUAGAGUUCGGGGAAGACGGUGGUCUUAGCGUGGGUACUGUGACGCUGAGGAAGAAACUCAUGACUGUUCUGGAGCAGACCAUGUCUGCCAGCCUGCAGACCACGAGCGAUGCCAUCCGGCAGGAGCUGGAAGAAGCCACCUAUGAAUUUAAGGUCCAGUACAACGACAGGCCUCUGUCAGCCGAAUCAUACUUGGCCGAGAGCCUCGACGCUUUCAAGCAUUCCUUCAAGCAGUUUUCGGAAAGUUUCGGCAGAACACAAAUGCACGAAGUCCUCAAACGCGAAUUGGACCAAAAGGUUCUUGACCUGCUGGCCGCUCGGUACUGGAACAAGCCUAUUACAGAUCUUUCUCCCGCACGCCUGGAGCCUGACAGUCUGGCCGACCUUCCCAAGGCAGAUGCCAACUCUCUAUACUGGCGCCGUCAACUUGAUGCAUCCACCUCUGCGCUCACCAAGCUGGGCGUUGGCCGUCUAGGCACGACUGUUGUGGCGUCAUCUCUUCAAUCUCAGAUAGAUCGCCUUAUUGGCAAGUCGUCUUUUGCCAGCCACCCAUUUGCGCGACAAGCCAUCUCCGAGGCCGCAGCAACUAUUCUGAAUGAGCGCUUCUACAGCACGAGUGACCAGGUGGAGAACAGCAUCAAACCUUUCAAGUUCGAUAUCGACAUUGAGGAGCGAGAAUGGAGCAAAGGGAGAGAGCAUGCAGGCAUCGUGCUGAAGACUGAACUUGAGGAUUGCGAAACAGCCCUCAAGGGAAUUGAGAAUACUGUGGGCGGUAGGAGGAAACUCAAAGAGGUCAUGGCUUUCGUGGACAAGGCGCGGAAAGGAGACAUUGUCGUGGAAGGAGAUGGGCGUAGCGGUGCAGGAGGCUUCAGUGCAGCUCUACUCGCUAAAGGGCGGGAGGCUGCCUUCUUGCGGGAUCGCGCAGACAUCAUCAAGAUGCGCCUCAUGGCAGUCAAGUCGAAACAGUGCGCCGACUUGAAAAACAAGUACUACUGCCCGGAAGUAUUCCUUGAUGCUGUAGCGACAAAGCUCGCGUCGACGGCAGUCCUCUUCCUUAACGUCGAGCUUCUGUCCGAGUUUUACUACAACUUCCCUCGAGAGCUAGACCUCCGACUCGGAAGACACUUGAGUGACGAGCAGAUCGAGCAAUUCGCUCGUGAAGAUCCCAAGAUCAAACAUCACCUGGAAGUGAUUCAGCGCAAGGAAUUGCUCGAGCUCGUCCUCGAUAAGAUGGAGAGUUUGAGACAGAUGGAAGGCCGUGAGCGAGAGAGGAAGCUGGGAGGGAAAAGGGAGGAGAAGGAGAAGGAAAGGGGGCGAUGGGGUCUCUUCUAAGAAGAUCUCGUCAUGCCGUUACGGAAUGCGGCAGCACAUACGCUACAGGCGUUUAAGGGUGUUCAUGGAGUCUUUGGACGUCGUGGUGGUGGGUGGUGAUUGAAAGUCCGUCACCCCCUUAGCCCAAAACAGCGCGGGUUUGUUUCCUACAAAGGGGUUACAAGAUUGGUCGGUUUUCUGCGUAGCCUUGGCAGGUUUUCCUGCGAUUUCGCGAACGAUCAAUGUUUACUAAGGCAUAUGGAUACCCUGCUCGAUUCUUAUUUAUUCUUGUCAUGACACUGAGCGUUCGAGCCCGUCCAACUCGGUGCGUGGGAAUGUGUGCGUACCACCAGGCACCAUCUUGUUCUGCGAUCCAACACCACCAAGAUUUAAUUCGGGUCGAUGCUGGUCUGGACGGUUACCUCCCAUCGCAAACUGGAGCCCCGCCCAUAACCCUCACCGAGACGGUUCUGGAUGAGCGACGAAAUACGACUUCGCAGCUUACUGAUGGUUCCUUCAUCGCAUCCCCUCGGAACGGAAAUCUUUAGAUUGGCCAUGCACAGUCCGUAGUGUACUUGCCAAAAUUGUGCCUCGUCGACUCGUGUGAUGUUCGGCUCCGCCUCAAUCUCCUUCAUGACGGAAGAAACACCGUCCGUGCUCUUGGUGCCGCGAUAGGCCAUGAGCAGCAUAGAGGCUUGAGCUGUACCAAGCUGAGCACCGAAGACGAACAUGGCGCAUGCGAUGGCAGCGCACAGCGUCCGAUCCCAGAAGAUGGGAUCUCCUGGUAGCAGCGGCAAGAGGAGUACCAAGGUCGAGAAGAAAAUGGUCAAGACGUGGAAGACGUUGCUAAAAUGGUGGGAGAUCACAGACAGCCAUGAGGCGCGCAUAAUCCUGGCGAUUCGUGCGUGGUUUUUGACCCAAUAAGUCGAGACCAGCGUACUAAUGAUUGCUGCACAAGCAACCCACUCAACCUCGCCCGUAGGGACGUAGUCGUGACUGUG